CCGUGCUCAACGUGUUUGCAGAGAUUUAGGGCUGUUUGAUUGCGGCGAUGAUGGUUGCUCCCCUGUUUUAGGAGCGAUCCGCGAAUCGAGAUGGGCACGGCAAUGGAUCAGCACGAUCUCAAUCUUCACAAGGAGGAGCGCGAGAAGAAGAAGCAGAUCUCGUGGCUCACGUCAGUGAAGCUCAAGUACGUGAAGCUCGGCUACUGGGAUGCGAGCCGGCAUUUCGUGUGGUUCGUGGCGCUGCCAGUCCUGUUCGUGGCCAUCGCGUCGCUGGGCCUGGGCCGCCACGAUCUCCACCGGCUGUGCGAGGCGCUCCACUACCACCUCGCCAAUCUCCUGGCGUGCACCGCGGCGAUGGUGUUCGCCGCCACGCUCUACGCCUUCUCCCGCCCCACGCCCGUCUAUCUCAUCGACUUCGCCUGCUACAAGCCCCCCGAUGAGCUCAAGUGCUCCAGGGAUCGAUUCAUCCAGGCGUCGCGCAGCACGGGGCGAUUCACCCAGGAGAGCAUCGACUUCCAGCGCAAGAUCGUGGAUCGAUCCGGGCUGGGCGACGAGACGUACCUCCCGCCGGUGGUGUUCAUGGCGGAGCCGCGCGGGAGCAUGGCGCUGGCGCGCGAGGAGACGGAGAUGGUGAUGUUCUCCGCGGUGGAGGAGCUGCUGGACAAGACGCAGAUCAAGGCCAAGGAGGUGGGCAUCCUGAUCGUGAAUUGCAGCCUGUUCGUGCCGACGCCAUCGCUGUCCGCCGCGAUCGUGCGCCGGUUUGGGAUGCGCGGCAACAUCCAGAGCUACAACCUGGGCGGGAUGGGUUGCAGCGCGGGCGUGAUCGCGGUGGCGCUGGCGCGGGAUCUCCUCCAGGUCCACCCGGAGACGCUGGCCAUGGUGGUGAGCACCGAGAGCUGCACGCUCAACUGGUACCACGGCAACGAUCGCGCCAAGCUCCUGCCCAAUUGCAUCUUCCGGAUGGGCGGCGCCGCGCUCCUCCUCGCCACCGCCGCCUCCGCCACCUCCUCGCGGAGGAUCAAGCCCAAGUACGAGCUCGUCCACGCGGUGAGAACGCACAAGGGCGCCAGCGACGAGAGCUACCAGUGCGUGUUCCAGGACGAGGAUUCCUCCGGGACGAUCGGCGUCAAUCUCUCCAAGGAUCUCAUGGCCCAGGCCGGCGACGCGCUCAAGACCAACAUCACGACGCUGGGUCCGCUCAUCCUGCCCGUGUCCGAGCAGCUGUGCUUCUUCGCCACCCUCGUCGCGCGCAAGCUCUUGGGCAAUCGCAAGAUCAAGCCAUACAUCCCCGACUUCAAGCUGGCGGUGGAGCACUUUUGCAUCCACGCCGGCGGCCGCGCGGUUCUGGACGCGAUCCAGCACAACCUCGGGCUCUCGGCCAGGCACCUGGAGCCGUCGCGCAUGACGCUGCAUCGGUUCGGGAACACGUCCAGCAGCUCGCUGUGGUACGAGCUCGGGUACGCCGAGGCCAAGGGGCGCGUGCGGCGCGGCCACCGCGUGUGGCAGAUCGCGUUUGGGUCGGGAUUCAAGUGUAACAGCGCGGUGUGGGUCGCGCUCCGGGACGUGGAGCCGCGCGGACCCGGGGCCUGGAGCGAUUGCAUUGACAGAUACCCCGUCCCAGUCGUGGCAUUUGAUUGAUUUGGUGACUUUGUAGAAAAUGCCGGCGUUGGGCAUUUUCUUCCAAGUAUUGUUUGUUGCAAGACAUGACUUUUUUGGAUA